GACAAAGAAAUUGCCUCUAUCGGUUUGUUUGUGACGUUAUGGCUGCCUUUUAAAUAUUAGUUUUCUUCUCUAAAUUGAUACCAUACAGAUUGUGGGGUGGGUGCACAUCUACUUGGACCUUGCUCGGAUGCCACGCUAACCUACGUUACGCCACGAGGUAUCUCAUUGGUUUAUUGUUUUGACAUCACGCAAUGCCGGAAGUGAACUUCUUGGACAGGAGCAGUCUAUGAAGCCGUCAGUUGUUAGGAAAGUUACUGUAUUACUUUCUAGUGCAUAAUUGGGUCAAACGCGCUAUAGAAACAGUUCGAGGUUAGGAAAUGACGCCAGUGUUCCCUCUGUCAGUCUAAGCGGAAUGUGACUUCUGUAUAACAGUUUGUUAUUGUUUUCGCGGGUGUAGGUUACUAUGCACUUCGUUGCCGCCUUCGCGUUUGCAAUGCUAUUUCUGACUGGUGUGUUUUCAUCCCAGCAUAACCGCGAGCCUGAAACUCCAGACUGGCGAAUGACUUUGAAAACCAUACGAAACGGUAUUCACAAGAUAGACACAUACUUAAAUGCAGCUUUGGAUCUUUUUGGUGGGGAUGAUGGACUUUGUCACUUCAAAUGCAGUGAUGGUUAUAUACCAAUACCGCGUCCAGGUUACAAGCCUCCUCCACCUAAUGGGUGUGGUUCACCUCUGUUUGGGUUUAAGUUUGAUAUUGGGAUCCCAUCCAUGACAAAGUGCUGUAAUCAGCAUGACAGAUGCUAUGACACCUGUGCAAAGGAGAAGCAUGUCUGUGACGAGCAGUUCCAGGACUGUCUGGAGACCAUCUGCACGAAACUGCAAAAGACACUAGGCCUGGCCCACAGUGUCCAAGCUUGUGAGUCUGCGGUGACUCUCCUGUUCGAUGCGGUCAUGCACAUGGGCUGCAAGCCCUACAUGGACAGUCAGAGGGCCUCGUGCAUAUGUCACUAUGAGGAGAAAAUGGAUCUGUGAAGUUCUACCUUUAAGUCCUGGGAAUACACAGAAACUACCAGGCCUGCCAUUCAGGAUUGAAACAGCAGAUGACCUCCUACUAAGCACUGAUCUAACCUGAUUCAUUAUGACAUAAAGAGCAUGAUUAAGCUAGUGUGUCUACUCCGUGACUAUGUAAUGAUGUCACUUCUGUGGUGUAUAUGAAGUAUCUCAGGGAUGAAAUUGAGUAUAUGGAUUAGAGUGUUGUCAAAUUUAAAGAAAUAUUAUGUUUUAGAAAAGUUAACAACAGUUGUAUAUGGGUUAACAUCAGUUACCUGAAAUGUUAGUAGAACGUGUAUUACGAGUUUGAAAUACUACUAGUAACACUGUUCCCUGAGGUGUGCUUACACAACAUGGCUGUUUUUAUGUUGUGUUCAUGAAUGUUUAAUGACAUACCUGUUCACUUAAAAAUGACUUUGGAUGACCGGGUUUGUGGACGUUUCAGCUAUGUACUUUGCUAUGGAUUAAUUUGUCAAAUAAAAUAUUAGUGCAUAAUGCACUUUUUGCACAAA